AGGUCGUUUGCCUUAUAAUUGGCUUUGCCGGGUCGCGAGUUCAAGCCUCAGAGAAGCUGAGAAGAGCGUUAGGGUUUUAGAGGAAGAUUUGAGAUUUGCAGAGAGGAGCCAUGAGCAGGAGCUUGGGAAUUCCAGUGAAGCUACUCCAUGAGGCCGCCGGCCACGUUGUGUCCGUGGAGCUUAAAAGCGGUGAGCUUUACAGAGGAAGUAUGAUCGAGUGUGAGGAUAACUGGAACUGUCAACUCGAAAACAUCACCUACACUGCUAAGGAUGGGAAGGUCUCUCAGCUUGAGCAUGUUUUCAUCAGAGGAAGCAAAGUCAGGUUCAUGGUCAUACCAGACAUGCUGAAGAAUGCUCCAAUGUUCAAGCGUCUUGAUGCUAAAAUUAAGGGUAAGGGUGCCUCACUUGGUGUUGGAAGGGGCAGGGCUGUUGCUAUGCGAGCUAAGGCUCAAGCUGCUGGGCGUGGAGGUGCAACUGGUCGGGGUGCGGUGCCAUCUGCCCGAAGGUGAUGAAACCAUGAAUACAGGUUGUAAUGUCCUCGGUUCAAGCCUCGAUUGCCAUUGGAAUGUUGACCAUCAGAUUGACAUCCCACACACUGAAGAAAUACGCGUUAUUCCAUUUUGUUGAGAAAGUGGGCUAUUGAUGACCAUAACCUUCAACUUCAUUAGAAACUUUUUGCUUCAGCCCAUUUUAUGUUAAGAUUGAACAAUUCAUUACCCCAUAUCAUCUUUGUUAUAUGUAUGUAGUAUCCGAACGUUCAUUUGCAUCUUUCAAUAGAUAACACUGUAAGAGUA